GUCCCGCCCUGCUGGCCGCGUCCCCGGCCCCGGCGGCGUGCUCGCGGGGCUGGAAGGCCGCUGCGCCGACAGCGCGGGACCCACGCCCCCGACCACGCCCUCGCCGGCAGCCCUGGGUCGCCGCAGCCCAAGGUGCGCGCAGCGCUGGGGCGGUCGUGGGGAGAGGGUGGUGGUGGUUAGUUAACGCAGAGCGCUGGUCCUCCGAGAGUAGCAGGGUCAGCGCCGUCCUUCGCCCUCUUCCUGGCCACGCCUUGGACCGGUUUCCUGAUUCUCAGCUUGCUGGCCUUGCUGUGUCCUGGUCUCCGAGAGGGCUCUGUGCUGGAAGGGGUCUUCAGUUCCCAGAAGAGCCAACGCGUCUUGGAAUCUAAGUGGGUAAAGAACCGUCUGUGACCUUCACCCUAACUGGAGGGCCUUCAUUUGGCCCAAUGGCUGCACCUCCGCUGGGCCGUCUGGUGCUAACCCACCUGCUGGUGGCCCUUUUCGGUGUGGGCUCCUGGGCUGCGGUCAACGGAAUCUGGGUGGAGCUGCCCGUGGUGGUGAAAGACCUCCCCGAGGGUUGGAGCCUCCCCUCGUACCUUUCUGUGCUUGUGGCGCUGGGGAACCUGGGUCUACUGAUGGUGACCCUGUGGAGGCGGCUAGCUCCCGGCAAGGGGGAGCGGGUCCCCAUCCAGGUGGUGCAGGGACUAAGUAUGGUGGGCACAGCCCUGCUGGCCCCUCUGUGGCACCAUGUGGCCCCAGUGGCGGGGCAGCCCCACUCAGUGGCCUUCCUGACACUGACACUGGUGCUGGCGUUGGCCUGUUGUGCCUCUAAUGUCACUUUCCUGCCCUUCCUGAGCCACUUGCCACCUCCUUUCUUGCGGUCUUUCUUCCUGGGUCAGGGCCUCAGUGCUCUGCUGCCCUGCAUACUGGCCCUGGUGCAGGGUGUGGGUCGCCUUGAGUGUCUGCCUGCCCCAACCAAUGGUACCCCUGGGCCCCCCAUUAACUUCCCUGAGCGUUUUUCUGCCAGCACAUUCUUCUGGGCACUGACCGCCCUCCUGGUCACUUCAGCUGCUGCCUUCCAGGGUCUCCUGCUGCUGCUGCCUCCUUCACCACCAUCUGUACCCACUGGGGGCCCCGGGCCAGGCCUACGGGUGGGAACACCAGGAGUGGAGGAGGAGGAGGAGGAGGAAUCACCAUUGCAGGAAUCCCCAAGUCAGGCAGCAGGCACCCCCCUCCCAGACCCCAAGGCUUCUCAGCUGUUCUCAGUCCGGGGUGCCUGCCUGCUGGGCCUGCUGGCUGUCACCAACGCACUGACCAACGGUGUGCUGCCUGCAGUGCAGAGCUUUUCCUGUCUGCCCUAUGGGCGCCUGGCCUACCACCUGGCUGUGGUGCUGGGCAGCUCCGCCAACCCCCUUGCCUGCUUCCUGGCCAUGGGCAUACUAUGCAGGUCCCUGGCAGGGCUGUGUGGUCUCUCUCUGCUAGGCUUGCUCUUUGGGGCCUACCUGAUGGCACUGGCAAUCCUGAGCCCCUGCCCUCCCCUAGUGGGCACCUCUACAGGCGUGGUCCUUGUGGUGUUGUCGUGGGUGCUGUGUGCAGGUGUGUUCUCAUAUGUCAAGGUGGCGAUCAGCUCCAUGCUGCACGGCGGGGGGCGGCCAGCACUGCUAGCGGCUGGUGUGGCCAUCCAGGUGGGCUCCCUGCUCGGUGCUGUUGCCAUGUUCCCUCCCACCAGCAUCUAUCACGUGUUCCACAGUGGAGAAGAUUGUGUGGACCUGUGUGGUCCUUGAGCCUGUGCAGGUGGGACUGUCCACCCACCCCCCAACCUCCCACCUCCACCUGGACACUACCACAAUACCUGAGCACCUGCUGCCCAGGGAGGCUUCCCACCCAACACUGACACGUGCAUGGACACCUGCACACUCCACAGGAGCCCCUGGCAAUCUCAUACCAGGGUGGGGACCAAAGAGCAGUCCUGAAGCCAGGGACAGGUUGGGUCUGCAGGCUUGGCCUUGGGCCUAGGACCUCCAUGGGUUUGCACAAUAAAGCAUCUUUAUUCAGUGGG